GAGACGUUGCAGCAAGUUCUGAAAUACGUCAUCAACGGUUGGCCUAACGAUAAGAAAACCAUCUCGGGAGGAUCGGAAGUUCAGCAAUUUUUCGCACGACGUGAAUCUUUGUACGCAGCCCAAAAAGUCCUGAUGUACGGAGAGCGGAUUGUAAUACCGAAGAAGUUUCAACGUAAAAUACUGCAGCAACUUCAUAAAGGGCACCCAGGCGUUGAACGUAUGCGGUCAUUGGCGAGAAAUUACGUAUAUUGGCCAAACAUCGAUGAACACGUUACCGCCCUGGUCCGAUCAUGUUCAGAAUGUGCUUCUGUCGCAAAGACUGACACCAAAACAAAGCUGGAGUCAUGGCCCAUCCCCGAAAAACCGUGGCAGAGGGUCCACGUGGAUUUUGCGGGGCCGAUUGACGGAACGUAUUAUCUCCUGCUAGUGGAUUCACUAUCCAAAUGGCCGGAAGUUAUCCCUACAAAGUCAAUAACAUCGGCAGCAACGAUCGCUAUUCUACGCCAGAUCUUCAGUCGAUUUGGUAUGCCGGAAGUUCUAGUUUCCGACAACGGAUCGCAACUUGUGAGUGACGUUUUCGAGCGGUUCUGCGAAUCGAAUGGUAUCAUGCACCUUAAAACAACCCCUUUCCACCCUCAAAGCAAUGGACAGGUGGAAAGGUUUGUCGACACCUUCAAAAGAACCAUGAAAAAAAUUCAGGCCGGAGGGGAAACCUUAGACGAAGCAUUGAAUACGUUCUUACUGUGCUACAGAUCUACACCCUGUCGUAGUGCUCCUGGCGGCAAAUCCCCCGCAGAAGUAUUGCUAGGAAGACCACUGAGGACAUCGUUUGAAUUACUUCGUCCAACCAGUAAGUUCAACAAAAACAACAGCCUCAAGCAGAACCAGCAGUUCAAUACGAAACACGGAGCCAAGGAGAAGUGCUUCGGCGUCCAGGACCAGGUGUAUGCCCAAGUACAUCGAGGCAACGAUUGGAACUGGGUACCUGGAGUGAUAGUGGAGCGAGUGGGUACGGUUAUAUAUAACGUGUGGAUCCCGCAACAGCAACGGUUAAUUCGCAGCCACAGCAAUCAACUGCGAAAACGCUACGGAAGUGAAGUACCAACAAUGUCUGAAACAGAUCCGUCCAUUUCGCUUGAUAUCCUGCUAGGUUCGUGGGGAUUGAAUCCUAGUGCUACUCCAGAGGAAGUGAUACCACCAGCCGAACCUGAAGAGCUUAACGAAAUCCAGCGAGAGUUCAUGCGCGAGCUCAUUGAACCACCAGCUACGCAUCGGCGAGCUCGUGGAUCCGUUCGACAACCUGAUCCUGAGGAUGUGAUUCAGCGCCGAUCAACGCGCCAUCGUCGGGCGUCAGCUAGAUAUGAACCGUACCAGAUCUACUAA